AUGACUAGAUCUUCGUUGGCCGCGCUCGCCGUGGUAGCGCUCGCCGCGCGUGUCCGCGCCGGCCGCAUUCCGAAACCCUACUUCAACUGGGAUGAGACCAAACAUCUCAUCGCCUUCGGAGACUCAUACUCGUUCGUCCAGGGAACAGCAGGCUACCCAGAAUACUCCUUCAUCGGCAACUACCUACCUGAUGACUUCAGCUUCACUCCUGAGACGCUGCUCUCCAACAAGAUCGUACAGAACUUCACGGGCACGGCGGAAGGCGGGCCUAACUGGGUGGAAUACUUGACCGGAUGCGGGCUUGAGCCGGGCGUAACUUCGCCACAGGACUGUGAGAUGCAGUUGUGGGACUUUGCUUUCGCCGGCGCAGAUGUUUCCGAGGAGUUUCUCGCCUUACACCACAACUUCACGACGCCGUUGGUCAACCAGACGCAGCAGUACUUGACCUGGGCCGAGCCGGUGAUCGGGAAGAAGAUGGACAAGUCCAAGGCGCUCGUCGCCAUCUGGAUCGGUAUCAACGACAUCAGCGACUCGGCCAAAUUCACCAAUGUGACGUUUGCUGAGUUCUAUGACCAGCUGAUCAGUACGGUCUUCAUGCAGAGCGUCCAGCCAUUACACGAUGCUGGGUACAGCAGCUUUCUGUUCGUGAACCUGCCGCCCCUCGAUAGAACUGCAGCCAACGUAGUGGCGGAGGAGCCACUACCGAGCAAGGCGAUGAUCGGGUUGUGGGACGACGCUCUCGUCAGGCACAGCCGUGGCUUUGCGGCCGAGAACCCGGCCGCGAAGACAAUGGUAUAUGACGCCAACACCUUCUUGAACGGUGUUCUGGACGAACCACAGAACUACGGCAUCACAAACACGACGGCUUACUGCGCGUCAUACGAUGACCCUGAGGUCCAGACCAAUCCUGCGAAGUUCGACUGCCUGCCGUUGGAUCAGUACUUCUGGUAUAACUCUGGGCACAUGACUUCGCACACUCACAAAGUAAUGGCGCCUCAUAUGGCCAAAUUCCUCCGAGAGCAGUCAACGAGACAAUAA